CUCAGUUUUAUCCUGUCUCGGAGAAAUAUGCGCAGAUCCCCCCCUCCAGAGGAAGGGCCAACCAGCCCGGAGAAAAGGGCGUCGGUCUCGGUUUUAUCCUGGCGGAGAAAUAUGCGCAGAUCCCCCCCUCCAGAGGAAGGGCCAACCAGCCCGGAGAAAAGGGCGUCGGUCUCGGUUUUAUCCUGGCGGAGAAAUACGCGCAGAUGGGGGGAUCAGAGUGUUCAGUGUAGACAAAACGUAGCAAAACGGUUUCAUAUGACAGAUCCCACCUUCCAGAGAGAAAUAACCGCAGAUGGGUGGGCGAUGGGUGGAGCCAAAUCAUAUAAAAGCGAGACAGGUCUCCAGCUAAACCAAAACCUUUCCUGCUACCUGCUGUCAGCACUGAAUAGCUGGACGGACACGUUUUUCUGCUGAGGACUCUGGACGCUCAUCGGUGAAAUCGCAUCACAUUUCACUCUGGAUUGACUUGAUUAUGGAAGGGACACUAAAUCUCCUGAGUGUUUUACUGUUUGCGGUAAUUGUCAGAGGAGAGCCUCCUGCCAUGUACCAGACUCAGCUGAUAAAGGCAGCAGAAGGUGAUAAUGUGACUCUUCAGUGUCGUCUGGAUCCUCCGGUCAACCUGUCUGCUUUCACUGUGGACUGGACGAGACUUGACAACAAGGAUAUAGUCCACGUCUAUCGACAUCAACAGGACGAUCCUGAUCCACAGACGGAUCAAUACAGAGGCAGGACGACUCUCCUCCAUGAAGACCUGAUCAGAGGAGUCCUGACUCUGCACAUCUCCUCAGUGAAGCUGUCUGACAGAGGACUUUACAAAGGCUUUGUCCCAAACCUGAAGACCAGCUGUGUUGUUGACCUCAUUGUUGAAACGGUGGGAAAAGACCAGCAGAACGAGACAAAGAGGGAUGAUUCCAGCACAACUGGACCUCCAGAGGAAGAAGAGACCGAGCCAUAUGGUCGUGGUGGUGGAAACAGGAACCGUGGCUGUGCUGGGAUCAUUUCCAGCGUUGUCUUAUUCAUUCUCUGCCUCGUUGUUUUUGGUGUUCUGCUUCUGAGGAAGAAAAUAACAAUGCAGUGUGUGAAGAGGAUCGGAAGCCUGUUCACCCUGUUUAACACAUAUAGGUCCAUUUUAGCAGCAGAAUCAGAGACCAGCAAGGGUCCUGCUGAUCCAGUUCAGCCCAUUUUGAGACCCAUCUCAGGGAAAGGGUCUCCAUUAUCAGGAGCCUCUGAUGGCACCGUCCUGCAGCAGGUCCAGUUCGUCAGCAGUGAGUCUUUUAAUCUGUGA